AUCAGGAGUUUUACUCUCAGUUUGACAUGUUAUAGCCUAAAUCUGCAAGACAUUUCAUAAUAAAAUAUUAAAAAAAUAUAUAUAUAUUAUACUCUUUUACCCUAUACGGGUAUAAAAAUUAUAAAUCCAUUUAGAUUUCUGAAUAGUUUUCAGUGUGCUCGAGAGCCUUACUGGGUCUAGCCAGGCGAAUGCCGGAGGCGUUCAGUUUAGUUCGUAUGUAGUGCUAAGCCAUGCGACAACAAUGACCACAGUUCCGCCGCCAUUCCACGCGACGUGCUAACAUUUAUCGAUUUUUGAUAUCCGCAAACAUAAAGGUGUAUGUGUGGGUGUGCUUUGGUUGCUGGAAUUUGCUAAAAGUGUCGAGUGGAUACGAUUAUCGAGUAUUUGAAGCAACUUUUAUGUGGCUCCCAGCAGCUGCAGCGCAUAUGUACAUGUAGGCCCCUCGACCGGCGAUAAGAGACAUCGACGGCCUAUACAUGAGCAUGCUGGGCUUUGUCUAUCUGGUUCUUAUACUGGGCUGGAUACUGAUCGUACUGUUUUUGAAAUGCAAGAAAUCUCUAGCGGCGCCAUUUGCCUUCGGCGACAAUUAUACCGACGCCAUUGCCGAAACUGAUCGUCGACCCUCGGUACAUGUAAUACAAUUGCCAAGCGAGGAUCUUGAACAGGAGGAGCGCUUUAUUAAUGGUUUUCAUCGGAACACUGCCAAUUUGCAGCGCCAUUCGCAUCGAUCACAACGCUCGACCCUGGACCAGCGCACCAUUGAGACAACCUACCCUACAGAUGCGGUAGUUAAUCCUGCAUAUACCAACGACGAGGACUAUGUGAUAAACGCGCCGCCACCUUCCUACGAGGAAGUAAUGCGACAGCCUCAGGUGUAUCCGCAGGUGCGGUCCAACAAUCGUAAGAUAAGCGAUAUGAACAUUUGA